AUGGGAGCUGGCCAUGCCCGAAGUCGUUACCUUAACCGUAAGGAGGGGGAUGCCGAAGGCAGGGCUAGUGACUGGAGUGAAGUCGUAACAAGGGUGUUCUAUUUGCUCGUAGCUCGCGAUUUUCCCGAAGAAGUGCAUCUUUUAUCCGAACCUUCUUCCAUAAUGGUAAGGAACAACAGUAUUAUUGAAACAAAUAUACCAAUCACUUUUAAUAUAAAAAGUCGAGUAGGCGGAUUGGUGCGAAUGGAGAAGAAAAAAAAAAAGAUUGAAUUACAAAAAUUUUUUGGGGAAAUUCAUUUUCCUGGCGAAAUGGAUAAGGUAUACCGACACAGUGGUAUUUUGAUACAACCCGAAAGGUUAAAAAAAGAUUCAAAGGAAUCAAAAAAAAUUAAAAAUUGGAUCUCUGUCCAAUGGAUCACAAUUAUCAAGAAAAAGUAUUUUGUUUUGGUUCGACCUGUAAUUCUAUAUGAAAUUACAAACGGUAUCAAUUUAGUCAAACUUUUUCCACAAGAUCUGUUCCGGGAAAGGGAUAAUUUGGAGCUUAAAGCUCUCAAUUAUAUUCUUUAUGGAAAUGGGAAAUCAAUUCGUAAAAUUUCUCACACAAGCAUUCAAUUAGUUCGAACUUGUUUAGUAUUGAAUUGGGAUCGAGAUAAAAAAAGUUCUUCGAUAGAAGAAUCCCGUGCUUCUUUUGUUGAAGUAAAUAUAAAUGGUCUGAUUGGAGAUUUUCUAAGAAUUGAUCCAACGAAAUCGCGGAUUUCCUAUAUCAGAAAAAGAAAUGAUCCAUCCGGUUCAGAAUGGAUCUCGGAUAAUGAGUCAGAUCAAAUCAAUAUUAAUCCAUUUUUUCCUAUUUCUUUCCAGAAAAGAAUUCAACAAUCACAUAUCCAAAAUCAUGAAACGAUUCAUGUGUUGUUGAACAGAAAUACAGAAUGCCAAUCUUUGAUAAUUUUGUCAUCAUAUGAUUGUUUUGAAAUAGGACCUUUUAGCAAUGUAAAAUACUACAACGAGCUGAAAAUAAAAAAGAGAAUAAAAAAAAUAAAAAAGGAUCUUCAAAUUCCAAUUAAGAAUUCAUUAGGUCCCGUAGGAAUAGCACUUCAAGUUUCAAAUUUUUAUUCAGUUUACCUUUUAAUAACUCAUAAUCAGAUCUCGAUGAAUAAAAAUUUGAAACUUGACAAGUUUUUUUUAACUUGGCAAGCAUUAAAAAUUUUUUUAAUGGACGAAACCGAGAUAAUUUAUAAGCCCGAUCCAUGCAGCAACAUAAAAUUAAAUACAUUCCGUUUGAAUUGGGAUUUUCUCCAUCAUGAUUAUGAUUCUAAAUAUUGUGAAAAAACGAUUACAAUAAUUAGCCUGGGACAAUUUAUUUGUGAAAAUGUAUGUCUAUCUCAAACAAAAAAUGGACUAGAACUAAAAUUAAAAUCGGGACAAGUUUUAAUUGUUAAAAUGGAUUCCAUAUUAAUAAGAUCGGCUAAUACCUAUUUGGCGACUCCAGGAGCAACAGUUCAUGGACAUUUUGGAGAAAUCUUUUUUGAAGGAGAUAUAUUAGUAACAUUUAUAUAUGAAAAAUCGAGAUCAGGUGAUAUAACCCAAGGUCUUCCAAAAGUGGAACAGGUAUUAGAAGUUCGUUCGAUUGAUUCAAUAUCGAUUAACCUAGGGAAGAGGGUUGACGCUUGGAACGAACAUAUAACCAAAAUUCUUGGCAUUCCUUGGGGAUUCUUUAUUUGUACUGAGCUAACUAUUGUCCAAAGUCGAAUUUCUUUGGUUAAUAAAAUCCAAAGGGUUUAUCGAUCCCAAGGAGUGCAUAUACAUAAUAGACAUAAAGAUUUUGGUUAUAGUUUUCCUUGCGAUGGUCCGGGACGAGGUGGUACUUGUGAUAUUUCGGCUUGGGACGCAUUUUAUUUGGCAGUUUUCUGGAUGUUAAAUACGAUUGGCUGGAUGUCAAGUAUAUUUACGGACACUGAGAUGAAUGAGCAAUACCAGGAGGACGAUGACUUUAACCAACAAGAAGAGCUAUUAGAAGAUAUCCUUGAAGCUGUUUAUGCGGUUGACUCCGUGCAAGACAUUACAACUUUUAAAUUUAGUAAAAAUUUUGCGGAGGAAAUUGGCAAAUAUCACUUUUCUACUUUGCAGCUUGCAUUUGAUUUUUAUCUGAAGUACUCAAAGUCAAAGGACUUUAGUGCAAGGAAGAGCAAGACCUUCAAGAAUAGUAUUGGCGAGAUUUACAAACAAAAGUUUGUAUGUCAUAGGCAAGGAUUCAGGGAGGAGAAAUAUUACACGAUGGAAAAAAGAAAGAAGGAGCCUAGAUUGGAAACAAGAACUGGAUGUGAAGCUCGAAUGGAUGUUAAAUUUGUACCAAAAACUGGAAGGUGGCAUAUUUUUUAUUUCUUUGACGAACACAACCAUGAUCUAUUGGAUACACAAUUCAGUGCUUUGUUGCCUGCCCACAGAAAAAUGUCAGAGGCAGAUAUUAUGCAAAUGAUGAACAUGCUAAAGUCAGGGAUUAGCACUUCACAGAUAUUUGGUCUUCUAGCUAGUCAAGCAGGCGGGUAUGAAUUUGUUGGCUAUGGUCCCAAAUAUAUGUACAAUGAGAUUGCUCGGCAAAGGCGUCAAAUUUUUGGUGAUGCAGCACGAGUGUUGAAGAAGUUGGAGGCUAUGCGGUUGAAGGACCACAAUUAUAUUUCAAGGUAUGUCAUGAUUCAAGAGGUUUGUUACGUAACUUGUUCUGGUCUGAUGGGAUUAGCCAACUAG